CUGUGUAAACACUGAGCUGUAGAGCAGAAGAAGAAGAAGAAGGCGUUAGAAACAGAAUCGGAGCCGGUUUAAACCCACAAAUCCCGCUGGUUCUGUAGUUUGGUUGUAGUUCUUCAGUCUUCAUGGAUCAUAAAGAUAACUGCACUGAGGAAGGAGACGAUGAUCAGUCCAGUUCGUCAUCAUGCCCAGACUCACCGGAGAUGGACCGUAACCCAUCACCACCUCCUGAGGGAGAUGAAGAAAUAGUGGAAGAGGCUGAUGCCAUUGGAGAAACAGUGUACAGCAAACACUGGCUCUUUAGCACUUUAACCCAACUUAUUCAGAUGGUGACAGAUCAGGAGUCCAAAGAGGAAGAGCAGGAACUGUCUGAGGAGCAUGAGGAUGAGCUGUGUAAAGUGUGGGACAUGGCCAUGAAUAAGGAUGUGGCUGGUUUUCUUCAAGAGUUUAAGGCUCCAGACAUCUUACUGGGUGUGAUUGCAAAGUCUCGUAAUCCACGCCUGACUGAAAUCUGUGUGGGAAUUCUGGGAAAUAUGGCUUGUUUCCAUGAUACCUGUGUCUCAUUGAGCCAGAAUGUUGACCUAGGUGAUGUGCUUCUGUUACUGCUGGGUGACAGUGAUCCUCCCACACUGUUGGAGACCUGCAGGCUUCUGGUGACUUGUUUGUCUCAACCCGAUGUUGCCCCCUUGUGGCUGCAGAGAAUACAGCAGCAGGCUGCCACAUGCAACAACCUCUGUUUUAUAAUGUGCAGUUCUACUAAUGUGGAAUUGUUGAUGAAGGUGGGGGAACUGGUUGAUAAGCUAUUUGACGAGGACGAGGACCUGAUGAAAAGCUGGCUGUCUGGACUGCCGGGGGAGAGUGACCCGGACAAGGACACACACCAGGACAUCUCGUCUUCUCUGCUGGAGGCCGCAGUGCAGCUUAGGAAGGAGAGUCCAGAAGCCCUUGAGGUGUAUCUGCAUGCUCUUCAACUCCUAACUACAGUAGAUGAAGGAGUGCAGAAUCUUGUGUCAGAAGGAGGGUGUGGAGAGGCACUGUGGACAUUUGUGUGUGAAGUUGUGUGUGAAGACUUGGUCCAGCCAGGGGACCCCUCUAUUGUCCUGCAGGAGCAGAAGGCUCUCCUGGCUCCUGCACUUGCUCUGCUUUCUACUUUAUACAGUAGCCUUCAGAGAGACAUCAGUCUGUCACUGGUGGGCAGUCUUUUCCGAAUCUUGUACUUUCAUACUGAAAAUCAGCAAGCUGGGCAUAAACGAAAGCAGGAGUCAGGGGAUGGACAGACAGAUGAAGUGAGAGAUCAGGAGGACACAGAUGUACAGCUCCAGGCCCUGGUUGAGAUAGCAGCGGAGCUACUUUGCACUGUUCUCCCCGAUUUACCCAAGGACACUAUGUCACAGUUGGUGAGACAAGAUGACUUCAGUGAGAAGAUCUGUGUGUCUGCUUUAAAGACACUCCUGCCCCAGAACAUCACAUCUGUGCAGUUCUUGGUUUCCAUGUUAUCUGAGGUAGAGCCCAACCUGGCAGACAUUCUCAGGAGGGAGUGUUCCAUUCCAUCAGAACCAGAAUAGACCACGGACACCAGAUAUAGAAUGAACUUGAAUCCCUCUAAUAUAAGGCUCCUCCUAAAAUGAAACAACUGUUUAUCACACACAGGUACAUGUUAGUGUGCGUAUCUAAGUUAUGUAUCAAUGAACUUUCACUACAGAGUAGAGAUCUGGGCUCUGCUGUGUAUGUAUGUGUGUGUGUGAGACUGUGUAGAGGUCUGCAUCCACCUCCCACACCCCACCCCCAAACAGACACCGGAGGUAUUAUGUUAAUACUGAUGUAUAUUUUUUAUGUGGAUAUGUGUAUGUUCAUGAUUGUUUUGAUAAAGGCUUUUUAAUAAACUCAGACUUUGAUACA